AUGUCAUCCGAAAGCAUGAACUCAGUCAUCUUCCCCAAUGUAGAAAGUUGUCAGAUUCUUCUAACUAGAACGAAUAGAUUAAAGUCAGCUCAAGAAAAUGUGGAUGCAAACACACUUAAGGGCGUAAUCAUUGGUAAGAUGGAACGAAGGUUGAAUACUUACAAUGAUCAUACGCAGAUUAACCCAAGUGUCUGUGAGUUUUAUACUCUGCCUAUUUGCUUCAACUUUGGUGAUGUACACAUAAAUGAGCUCGAUGUCAUCAAAAUGGUGGUUUAUGGAGACGUGUUACGACCUGAAAAGAAUGUCGAUGCAAAACCGUUGCCGAGCUGCUUGGUCCAGUAUAAAUCAAUUGUUGGUAAAGCCGCUUGCGAGUUACCAUGA